GUUUUAGUGGUUCCGUGUCUUUCCAGUCACUUUGCUGUUUGAUUUUCGCGCUCCAGGAUUUUCGCAUCAGCCGAAUUUCCAGGCAGCGCGUUUUCACGCAUAAUGUGCCAGCACGAUGAUACGUUCGCGAAACUUUGCUUGUUUUCGAUGGUUCUGGAGGCGCGUUUUUCGACCUGAGCAUGUUUUUCAUUUCGUUGUUUAUUUUUCGCGACACGUUCCUCGUUCUGUCUGUGUGUUUUGGGUUGUUGUGAAGGUUUUGAGAAUGUAUGCCAUGGAAAUGAAAUUCAAAAUUCAGAAGAAGGAACAUGACACUUUGGUUCUGACCUCCGGCAACAAGCAAUCCAGAGAAUGGCCCAUAACAUGGCUAACCAGCAGUACAGUCUCAGAUGGAGCAACCACACCGACAACAUCCUGACAGCCCUAGACACCCUCCUGCAGUCUGAAAAUCUGGUCGACGUCACCCUCAUCUGCGGAAAAGACUCCCUACGCGCCCACAGAGUCAUCCUGAGCGCAUGCUCCCCCUUUUUCCAGAAGAUAUUCGCCGAGACCCCAUGCAACCACCCCGUGGUUGUACUCAACGAGUUCCAGGGCGCUGAGGUCCAGGCCCUGAUCAAUUUCAUGUACAGGGGAGAGGUCAGCGUGGCCCAGACACGUCUGGACGCCCUGAUGAAGGCUGCGGAGAGCCUGCAGAUCAGGGGGUUGGCGGACAAUGACAAGAACUCGCCCAAGCAUCCGGAUCCAGUUCACGCUGUGGUCUACGAAGGAGACGAGAGUGGUUGUGGGGGCGGUUAUCUCCACCAGCCUUGCUCUUUGGGGCCGAGGAACACGGCGAGGUCACCAGUCGAUCGUUCAACCCCAGUGAGAAUAGGCUCUGUCUCGCCAUCAUCUUCCUCGACCUACGAACCAGCAACCAAACAACCCAGACACACUUACAUGGACACCACCUCGACCAGAUCAGAAUGUAUAUCACCCACACCCAGAAGGAAACAGGCAAGACCAAGAAGACGUUCUGGAGACAACUGCAGCGUCCAAGACCUAUCUACGAACUCCCCAAAAUCACCACAGCCACAAGAGGAUGUAGCGGAAAACCUUUGUAUAAAGAAAACGGAGGAAAGAUCAGUCCAGCCCAAGAGAGAAUUAUGCACAGAAACCACGUCCACGCCAGACUUGCCCAGAACGCCAGAUAUAGAAAUAAGAGACUACAGGACUUCACCGAUAUCCUUACCUCAGCCGCCGUUAAACAUGAAUCAGGAGAUGGACAAUCAUCCCCACCUAUCUUUUCCACCAAUGCCGUCCGUAUCAGCUUUGGCCAUGACCCCACCCCAAGGGAAAUAUUUUGGCCUAGAUGCUCAGCCCUUAGGUUUGUUUCCACCGGGAUUAGAGAAUUGCAGGACUCAUCUAUUUGAAAUGGACCAUAGGGCUCAAGAUCAUCAUGGACUUGUCAAGAAAAAGAGUAAGUCUAAUUCAAAAAGACACAAACGCGUUCUCGAUAAAAUGGGUAGACCAAAAGGUCAACACUCAGCUCCAAGAGGAGGACCGCCAAGGUCCUGGACCAACUCAGAAUUAACAGAGGCCCUGCAACACGUCUGGAACAAAAAGAUGACGACUAGCCAGGCUUCCAGAAUAUUUGGCAUACCUUACAAUUCCCUUCUGAUGUACGUGAGAGGGAAGUACGGUAAGAGCCUGAAACUUGAACAGCUCCGAAAGGACUGCAUAGGGGCCCCUAACGCCACAGCAGAACUGAUGUCCAUGAGCACACCUAACAACAACAACACCGUGGUGAAGAACGAGAGGGAACCUGAGCCAGUACAACCUAACACUAGGCCAUCAAGCGCCGAGAACCAACCACCACCCGCUCAUCCGCACUUCUUGAAUCCUUUCAUGACCAAUUUUUACCCCGACUUCAACAGUUUCCCGCUUCCGAUGAUGCAUCAGUUUCUGCCCCAAGGUGAGAGGAGUAGAGAGCAUUUCAGCAACCAGGCUCACCAGCCUCAAUCGCAGCCUCAGCACCAAUCGGAAGUGGAUAACAGUAACUCGGAAGCGCUAGAAGAAGAUGCAGAGAGAUUCAGGUCUCCAACGCGAUCUAUUGAAGAGCGCAGAGACGUGGUGCAACAAAAUGGGCAAGAUUAGGAGGGAGCCGUUCGAACACUGACCACUUUAACAUCUCUGGAAGGUCGUUUCUAGGCAAGUCCGUAAGAUGGGGCUAUCGUGUAUAUUUACCUCGUUUCGAAAUUUGUACAGGCUUUCUUUUGAGAAUAUUCAAAAUUUAGCGUUUGUUUUAUAAUGAAUUUUAUGUAUAGAAUGAUGAAUUGAAAACAUUUUCAUGUUUUAGUUAUGUGUAUAGAGGGAGAAACUACAAAUUGGGGCAAUAUUAAUAUAAGAACUGAUAGCAAAAAUUUAUAAGAAAGUUUUUAAACGUUCUCGUUGAACCGUGAAUUUUUUGUGUGAUCAAAGCUAAGUGGCUCGUUGUUUAUAUGUUACAUAGGCUAAGAAUUGUAUGUGCUUCCUUAUUUUUUGUUCUCAAUACAAAUAUCGACGCUUGCCUAACGUUUGGAAUUUUUCCAACUUUGAGGGCGAGUGUUGACUGUUGACGAAGUGGGCAACAAUCACUUCCCUUCAUUUUAAUUGAAAUAAGACUGAUAUACUAAUUGCAAUGCCAAUAUGAUUCGUUCGAGAUAUAUUUUUGUUCAUCACACAAUAACAGUUCCUGAAUAUAUUUUACAGACAGAUUUCUACAGAUUUUUCAACGAAUAUAUCUAUAACAAUAUGCUAUAUACAAGUUUCCGUUUAUACAUAUCUGAAUAUACAAUAGUAUUGUUAAAGUUGUUGUCAUUAUUUUACAGAAAUAUCGGAUUUAAUUUGGCGACAAAGCCCUCAGCAAUAGUAGAAGAAAUGAGUUGAAUAACUCCGGGUUAUCUAAAAAAUUGAAUCUAGAGAGAAUACCGAAUAGUCUCCUGAAAGAUGGACGGGAAAUCUAGAUUCACAUUUUUAGAAAACCAGAAUUUUGCAACCAUUUCAUUAACGGUUUUUCCAUAUAAUACAGUGAUACUCAAACCUUGAUAUUAAUAUUUCCGAUAUCAAUUCCGGAAUCAAAUAUCAAGCCAACCGACCAUUUCAUGUUAGUUACAGAUAAGCAUUCAAGCAACAAUAGAAUUUUUCACAAGAUGAGAUUUAUUCCAAUAUAUCAGUUGGCAAUAGCUCAGAUAUUUUUCUACCUACCAAUACGACUCAAAUCUUUAGCUUUUAACGUACCUCAGUUCAAAGGCGUCGUCUAAUUUUUCGUACAGUUUCCAACGAAAUUCUUCAGAAUGGAACUCUUCAAAGCGGUUUAACAACUUUCGAAAUGGAUAAAAAUUGUACAAAGUCUAUGUUGACGAAAAUUAAUCUAAGAAAUACAGGUUCAAGUAAAGUAGUUUCGAUGUAAUGAAUAAACAAAAUUAAAAAAUACAGGAUAUACGUGAAAUUGUUGAAAAAAAUUAUGUAAAAAUUAUAUUAGGGCACUCAUGUUAGGUAUACGGUGAAGUUGUACAAAUAUGAUAUGAUCAAAAAUUUUAAAUUUCUUGGAGUUCCCGCAGUGAAGUCUGUAUAUAUUCUCUAGUUUUCAUACCGAACUUCUUGAAAUCUAUGCCUUUUGUUCAUAUCGUUGGCGCCAAGUCUUAGCCGCUUUUUCACAUUCAUUACGAAGAUUUUGAUAGGUAUAAGAUAGAUGUACUUACGGUAUUUCAAUUUCGAUGCUUUUUUUCCUUCACGAAACUGCAAUGAACAAAUAACAAGACACAUCACUAGAAUAACGUUUCGUUUUUGAAUGGUUCCAAGAGCGAAAUCAUCAAUUUUUUUUAAAUCUUACAUUCCAUAAUUUUUCUCCGAAGAAACCUCAUCGAAAAGCUCUUGGAACGAUGCCUUUCAAAAAUGUUGUUUUCGAAGAUCAAUCCACAGCGACGCUGGUGUAUGAAUUGGAAAAUUUUCUCAGAAAUACGCGAAAGUUUUCCAAUAGAAAAGGUUUCAAUAUCAGGAACAUUCUGAUGGCUGUUGUGACAGUAUUUUUAUGUCUAUUUUGCUAUACCUAAUAAUUUUAGGAUUCUUGAAAUGUGAUAAACUCAUCCCAUCUUGGGAUGGCCUCUAGCUGUUAGAAUUAGAAGGAAACGUUGAUUAACGUUCGCGUCAGAAUUAUAAUCAACGUUUUCUGCGUAAGUUUAAUAUGUGUUACCACUUUGUUCUCUCUUCUCAUUCUCUUGAAUUAUUCUCUUUAUCUCAUCGAGAUAUUUUUGUACAUUUCUUCAUCUUUAGUAUGGUUGUGCUCGUUAAUUUUCAAACUUUCAUUACAGGAUAACGUAAAAUAAAAUAGACCGUACUCGAAAUAAUAGCUAACCCUUGAGCCACCUGUGUAUGAUACCUAAUUUCUCAUUUUUUUUCCAAGUUAUCGCCAAACUCGUAUUCUGCCAAAUAAUGAUUCUCAGCUCAGUUUCUUCCAUGAAGAAACCUACUCCCAAAACGCAGGUCUGGCUCAGGGCUUCAAGUUCCUUUAUAACACAACUCAAAACGCAAACAUUCAAAACACUUUUCUAUUUCUGUGAAUCGUAAUUCCCAUGGAUCAAAUCAAACACUGGAUCCGUUAAAUUCGAAUAUCGAUCUUAUUUUCAAGUGUUUUGAAUUUUUGCCAUCAUAUUUAACUAAAUGGUGCUGGUAACAUUUAAGUUGUACAUAUAACGAAGACAUUCCUAUCAAAGUAUUAUUAUUAUUUAUGUUUUUUUUUCUACACAAUUUGAUAAGUGUUAUUUUGUUUGUUUCCAGUUCCUUGACGUCAUUUUAACUGAAGUUUGAAAAAAUUAGAAAUCUUAUUUGUACUCGACAAUUUUUCAACUUUCAAAAUUGACCACAACAUGCUAUUUGCUGAAGAAUUACUUAGGUAUUGUACGAACCCUUAAAUUACAUUCACGUACGACAAGGAACCUAUACCGGUUUCUAAUUUUUUCAACACUUUUUUGAAUAUUUUAAAGCACCUUGUCCUCAGAUAAUACUAUACACAUAUAAUAGACAAUAUCGAACAGGGUAUAUUUUUACAUUGAACCAACAAAUGGUGAACCUUUUUUUCUUCUCCUUUUGGUCAUUUCGUCGAUAGUGCAAUAAAAUUUGUUUGGCAAUUUGGAUUUAUGCGUCGGCGCUCGAGAACACAUUCAAGAAUUCUGCGCUCGAGAAUCGACGCCUUGUAAAAAUAUAUUAAAUGUAAAUUUCGAGAAUUUUCAAAAUUCUGAAAAAAGGAACGAUACCCCUGGCAUAAUGUAAAAAUUCAAUGUUGCAAAUCAUAUAGGGUGCAAUUUGUAAAAAUAAUUAGCUCUAGGUUUAUAAACAAACGCACCUCGUACCUCGGUUUAUUUCAUCAAUCUGAAAAACAGGGUAAAAUGAGAAAUAUCCAUAAGAUUUAUUUAGAUAAAAAUGCAAUAUAAUAUAAAGUAUACAAAAAAAAACAAAUCGAAGAGAAAACAGUAUACAAUAGAGUGCAAUCAUGGAAACUGAAUAUUUUACCGUUGCUGGGUGAAAGAAAUGCAAUGGUAAACUGUUCUGUUUAAAUGUACGAGGUGGCAGAAGCGUUAAACGCAUAAUGAAAUUAUAUUAAAAAUAUUGUAGGUACUUACAUUAUUGAAUUAGAUAUUUGAUAUAUAGGUAGUACUAGUUUUUGAAGAUGUUAAAAUAAAACCGAAUAAAGCUUCGUGAAAAAAAA